CUUGGCAUGCGCAGGAUACCGUAUACGCACUCCAGGGAAAGCGACAGGGGCCUUGGGGCUGACGGGGACAUUGUACAACACGGUCUCCAGGACAACAACCCAGCCGGUACAUAUACCCUUUUAGGCCCAAGUUUGACUACACUAGCUACGCGUGCCCGACACGACUACAGAACAGUCGCAGUCCGAGAUGACCACGCAGCACCAGCAGCAGAACGCGAUUGGGGACACAAACUACUGCCAUGAGAAGGUGGCGAUGAACUUCGCGAAGACGUAGCAGGAGAUCUUGAAGGGCCUACACCAGGGUGAAGGAGGCAAGCCGGUGCGAAACCGCAAACAUGGAAGGGUUGGCACCAAGCAAGGCGAGAACGCACAACAUGACGACCAGCGAGGAUCACUGGGCGAGCAUGCUCAGCGAGGAUUGGAAUGCCUACGUCGACAAGCAACUGGAGCACCUGGAAAAGGUUAGCGCCGAGCUUGGAGAUUCGGUGGGCCCGAUAGAGCACGCGUCGCCGUUCAUCAUUGCGCCGUGCACGUAUCAGAAGAUCUACAGCGAGCUGCAGCAGGACGAGUUCAACUGUGCAGACGACAAGAGCAAGGAGCGGAAAAGGAGGGUGUUCGUCAAUCGGAGGCAGCUCUCCGGCUGUCGCAGACUCCCGGUGGGAUCCCCAAGACCCGAAGACAUUUGUGCCAUGCGGACGAGAGAUUCGCGACAGCACGGAGGAGGCGUGGACCAAGUUCCUUGAGAAGGCCGUGCUGGAGCACGGGCUGGAGGCUUGGGAAGCCUUGGGCGACAGCAAACCAGAGACGUGUGUGCCGUUCGGAUGGCAGAUCCGCGAGGAGACGAAGUGGGCGAACUACGCAGUUUAGAAUGAGAAAGGAAUGGGGAAUUUGCGUCGCAAAGAGACGGACUGCGAGCGCGCUGCCAAGAAGGUUGCGGAGACGGAAGCCGAAGACGAGAAGGGGCAACUGCUGCGCAUCAUGGUGGGCAACAAGUUAAAAGGGCGCGCCCAUCGAUGACGUACAUCGCCCAGGCGAAGGUUGAGACCCAGAGUUCUUGUGCAGCGAAGACCCCAUGGUGAGGACCUGCAUUCGGGCUGUGGAAUUUUGCUGAAGAGGAGUCGCGUCCGGCGGCGAGUCGAUAUGGACAUCCAUUGGCGCGAGCGGGAGAAAAUGCAGUUAUCCUAUUGUAUUUGUUUUCGAUUUGGUGGAGGGGCGGAAAGAAACUAUUAGAGCCUCCCUGCCACGACAGCGGCUACCGUCCUGCCACGACAGCGCGCGCGGCACUACCUACCAGGACCGCGAACAGAAAGAGAGGGUGGGGCAUAAUCUACAUGGCGUGACCGUGCGGCGCCGUCCUCAAGGGACACGCUCAAGCCUUCCUGCCACGACAACAACCGCCCAUUACAAC